AUGGUUCUUCAACUUCCUCCACUUCAAACCUUCAAAAGACACGCCAUCGGUCACCCACAAGCAGAACCCCCCCCGGGCAGCAGCAUCUUCAGACUGUUGUGCCUGCGGAGCACCCGAAAGGCGAGCGGGGCGCCCGUGGCUUCUGAGCUGCGCUGCCAGUGCUUGCGGACCUCGCAGGGGAUCCACCCCAAGAACAUCCAGAGUGUGCAGGUGACGUCCCCGGGACCCCACUGCGCCCAAACCCAAGUCAUAGCCACCCUCAAGAAUGGGCAGAAAGCUUGUCUCAACCCCGCGGCCCCCAUGGUGAAGAGGAUCCUGGAGAAGAUGCUGAACAAGUGA